UAAGAGAUCUCACACAACACUCGCCCCCGCAGUCCUUGUUUCGGUUUAUCUAAAGCGGAGAGGAGGACGGACGCUGAGAUCACACAACAUGAUGCAACAGCAGCCCAUCUACAACCCGAUUAUCCCCUUUACUGGAAGUAUAGUGGGAGGACUUCAAGAUGGGAAGAUGGUGAUAAUUCAAGGCCAAGUUCCAGGUCAUGCCAAGAGAUUCGGGGUGGACUUCCAGUGCGGCAGCUGCGAGGUGCCACGCGCGGACGUUGCCUUUCACCUCAACAUACGCUACGAUGAAUCUGCCGUGGUCUGUAACACGCUGGAUUGUCAACGAUGGGGGAGUGAAGAGAGGAAGUCCCAUAUUCCCAUCAAUGCCGGAUCCUACUUCGAGCUGAUCAUUAAAUCGUGCUAUACUUGUUUCCAGGUCUCUGUGAACGGGCAGCAUUUCCUGGAGUACAGACACAGGUUGCCCAUGACGAGAGUCGACACCCUGAAGGUUUCCGGAGAUGUUCACGUGAAUGCCAUCAGCUUCAAAGAACCAGACGUUCCUCCAGCGUACGCUCCUCCUGCUUACGGUGCAGGUCAUCCCUUUGCUAGCAAUGUUGCAGUCAAUUACUGUGCCCCUCCUACCUUCUCCAUGCCUGCCAAACCUGCCUACAAUGUAAUGGCUAAACCAAAUUCUAGGAACAGGCGGCAAAAGAGCACUCCUGCCCAAGUGACCGUGUCUAAUCCAGCUGUUCCGUACCAGGCUUAUAUGGGAGCCAUCCGUCCACAGCAGCUGAUAAAGAUUAUUGGGACUGUGAACACCAAACCUAACACGUUUACCAUUAAUCUCAAAGCGAAGUAUGCUGAUAAUAUUGCCCUGCACAUCAGUCAAAGAUACGCUGAAAAUGCUGUGGUGCGGAACAGCAGAAUCCACCAGAAAUGGGGUACAGAGGAGAGAACUUUGCCCUUCCUCCCGUUUGUGCCAGGCCAGACAUUUGAGAUGCAGAUCAUAGUUCAACCAAGCUGCUACAAAAUCUUGGUUAAUGGAAGACACCUUUUCAACUACAAUCACAGGCUGCAGCCCCUGAACCAGAUUGAUGAACUGGAGGUGACUGGUGACAUCAGCCUUUCUCUUGUUCAAUACUAAUGUUGCAAAGUAAAUAAUCUGCUUUAACCAGAACACAAAAGCAGCAUAAACUUCCCAAAUUCUUAUUUUUAAUUCUCUACUUUUAUUGGUGUACAAUCCUUAGUUGAACAUCCAUUUCACAUCAUCCAAAAAGAGGCCAUUUUGUUGAGUGCAGUGAAGGUCAACUACUUUUGCCUAAGUACAUGAACCAAUGCCAUUGAAUCCCAGCAGGUGGGCCUAGGCUGGUCCAAGUCUACCAGAGUAAUUUGCAAGUCCCGCUGUAGCUUAUAGUGUCCUAUACACACACUAUAUACAGUGCCCUCAAUAAUGUUUGGGACAUUUAUUUAUUGAUUUGCCUCUGUUUUCCACUAUUUGAGAUUUGCUAUAGAAAGAAUCACAUGUGGUUAAAGUGCACAUUGUCAGAUUUUAAUAAAGGGCAUUUUUAUACAUUUUGGUUUCACUAUGUAGAAAUUACAGCUGUGUUUAUACAUAGUCCCCAAAAUCUACACGGUGAUUCCAUUUUUGGCAUUGGCUGCAUGUUGAUUCUACAACUAGUCUGAUACCGCCCUCUAGUGUGGCUGAUCAACACUGCAACCCACCAGCUCCCAAGACCAUUUCCCUCACCCGCCUUGCUCCAAGUCUGCUCAGCUCUUUGAGCACAUCUAGCGUAGUCGAGUGUAAGUCUGUCUAAUCCAGGUGGACAUGAUCUACCUACCAUGGACAGUCAUAAUCAUCUGAACAUGUCAGUUUAUCCACUUGCUGCCCACGAUCAUGGUUAGAUUGAACAGGAAAAGGCAGUGUUCAGAUCUGUGCUUAAUUUGGUUUAGUUUAGAGAUACAGCGCGGAAACAGGCCCUUCGGCCCACCGGGUCCACGUCAACUAGCGAUCCCCGCACAUUAACACUAUCCUACACCCACUAGAGACAAUUUUCACAUUUACCAAGCCAAUUAACCUGCAAACCUGUACGUCUUUGGAGUGUGGGAGGAGACCGAAGAUCUUGGAGAAAACUCACCGGGAGAACGUACAAACUCCGUACAGACAGCGCCCGUUGUCAGGAUCGAACCCGUCUCCGGCGCUGCAUUCGCUGUAAGGCAGCAACUCUACUGCUGCGCCACUGUGAUUUAAUUUCCUGAUCUUUCCACAAAAGCAGAUUUUGUUUUAAUCUUGAUUUCCUGAUGCUGGAGUGAUGGUUCUUGAAAUAAUACCUUGAAGUUGACUCAGAUGUUUAUAAUGUGAUAUUACCACAUAAAACCUUCCAGUCACUUCCCUGCUGAUUUUUCAUGCCCUCCAUUUACAAUAUUUGGGUUAAUAAGUGAUAGCAGAAGAAUUAGGCCAUUCGGCCCAUCAAGUCUACUCUGCCAUUCAAUCACGACUGAUCUAUCUCUCCCUCCUAAUCCCAUCUCCUGCCUUUCUCCCCAUAACCCCUGACACCCGUACUAAUCAAGAAUCUAUCUAUCCCUAUAUAUGUGGUUAAUAGCUCAAUGUGAAUAUAUGAGAUAUACAAAAUGACAUUGAAAGUUAUGUUUAAUUAGCGGCAUUUGUGUAUUACUUGAUGAAAAGAUGCAUCCUGGCAGAGACGGAGACUGGCUUUGGAAGAAGAAUUCACCCUUUGAUGAGUUGUCAAACCAAAUCAAAGCAGUUAAUACUCUGUGACAGGAUAAAAGCCCCAGAACCAUAAUUGAUCACUGAAAAGAGAUGACUAAGAAACUUGUGGUUGAUAAAAUCUUAUUUGUCUUGGUCGCUGAAUAAAUUAUACGUGAUUGCAAGAAAAGAA